CAAAUGUUAGCACACCACUAAUACGUCAGUAAGCAAUAUGAAUAUAAGUGCUAGUGGACACUUGUCGGAUUCUUAAGAGUUUUGACAAGAUUUACUUAAGCUAUCAGAUGAACCAAUAAGCUACUAUUUUUACUCGGGGUUAUGCCAGUGCACGUGCACCCAGUGACCGUUUGAGAGCGAGAGAGAGAGAAUCAUCUUUGUGUUAUAAAUAAAGCUUUGUUAUGAACUUUGGCUUCAACACAGCUACCUGGGUGUAAAGGAAUACCGACAUUUGAGUUUCUCGUUUUCACAAACGAAAUCCUGGCUUCGGUUUUCUCAUCCUAGUUAUUAUAUAAAAAGAAGUUAACAUGAUGGAAAGAGAAAGAGGGCACUCUUGGAAGUGCCUGUGAGCAGGAUGGAAAGUAUGAUGAAACUAACAACACAGAACCCAUUGUCACUGCUAUUUAAGUUUGGUAUUAUGGGGUGGAAUGGAACCUGUGCUGAUAAUUGUUCAGGACAUGGAGAGUGCCAUAAUGGCACUUGCCUGUGUGAGAUUCAGUUUGAUGGACCGGAAUGCCAUGUACCAAACUUGAGCUAUUAUGUGGCAUUCGCUACAGUCUUUUUCUUGCUGGCACUAAUCUGUCUGAUCCAGCUGGUUAUAUGCAUCGUAGCAGAAUGGCAGCGAAUGAAAGCACCUUCACUUCUUCGAGCUUGUCGUGUUACCACACAGAAAUUGCUGUAUUUUGUGGUGUUUUUGGCUGCCAUUGUCAGAGGUGCAUACUUCACAUCACCGGCUGCAUUUGAAGAAGGUUGGUCACGCAGCAUUAUGAGUGCAUACUACCCACUUUUGCUAUCUGGUUCAUCACUUGUUGUUUGCUUUUGGGCAGAGGUGUUUCAUUUGCGAGAUAUUCGUUGGGAAAAGCCGCAGUUUCUCUCCAAGUCUUUCCUGGGAUUUGUCACAUUUAAUAUAAUCACAUAUUCACUUCUGCUGGCAGAAUUUAUGACUACACGGUUUGCCAAUACAACCUUGGAAGAGAAGAGUUUUUAUACUCAUGUUUUCAAUGGUUGCUACGCAGUGUUGCUGUUCAUCGUUGUUAUCUUCUUUCUUAUCUAUGGUGUUGAGGUAUUCUUUAAGGUACGUGGAGGCUUCUUGCUUGAAACAACAGUGACGACAAUAGCCACAAGCAGCCGAACCCCUACACACAGUGAUCCAGGCAGUGAGUCCGCAGACCCAGCAGCUACAAGACUGUUUGUGAGUGCAGACAGUAAUCCACUGCCUCAGCAAAUUAUCAACACAUCACAGCUCCAUCAGUCACGUUUUGGCCUGUUAUCUCAGGCUUUCAUGCUCAUCAUAGUUAUUGCUUUUCUCUUCAGUGAGACUUUGUCUGAGUUCUGGAAGAAGAAAGUUCCACUGUACAGUCGCAAUUGGCACGACAUAGUCUUCCGAGUGGUGGAGAUAGGUGUUGCAUUGUGGUUCCCUUGUGUCCUAUGGAACUGUAUGAGUCCAGAACAGCUAUGGAUCUUAAACCCAAAACGUAUACUCAGAAAGUUGGAUUUGGAGCCUCCAAGCAAGCAGGCAGGCCAAGAGGGCACAUUAGACAAGGCAUCCCAGGCCACAGACGAGGAUGAUGCCUGUUUUUCCAAAGACUGUUGGAUCUGCUAUGAUAAUGAUCGUCAAGAUGUAGGUCCACUAAUCCAACCCUGCCAGUGUCGUGGGGAUGUGAGUAGUGUACACCAUGACUGUUUGCGGAGAUGGCUUGUAGAGAGUUCUGCAAGUGCCGAUUCCCUACACUGCAAAGUAUGCGGUUCUGCAUACCAAGUGGAGCAAGGAACACGGCUGGAUUGGCAACAUGGCUUCACGGCUCGGCACUGGCUGCAGACAACAGCCAUUGUGACAUGUAUGUGUGUGUCUGCAGCAGGGGCAUGGGUCACUAUUCAGAUUUUUGAAGACCCAAUGAUCCGCAUGCUGGCUGCUGGCAGUGCUCUUCUCAUACAGUAUGUAUGUGUGAGAUUCCUGGGUCUGAACACUGUAGUGGCGUACCAGCGUGCUAAAGUGUCCGCUCUUAGCAUUGUUGGUGGAAGUGGUCAUGUCGCUACCAUAAGUGAAACAGUGGCUGUAGACAUUCCCAAAACUCCAGCUCAGGCACACAUCUGAGUUAACUAAAUCUCAUACAGUUGUUCAGCACUGGUCUUAUUCUGUAAAUGGUGGAAACAAAUUUGUUAGUAUGUUAAUAUGUUUAUUUCAAAAGUUUAUUUAACUUUGUAACUGUUCAUAGAUAAUUUCUUGCCACAGCAUGUAUAUAACAUAUUUUUAUUUGUGUACCUGUAUUUUUGUUUAACAUAAAAAUGAAUUAUCCAUAGCUCUGUUUUUAUGUAUGCUUUGUAUGUGGCAACAAAUUGCAUGUUGAAUUAUUAUUGAAUUAGUGUUAGGAAUUAUCAGUUCAUGAGAAUAUUUUUAUUUUGUUUCAAUAAAACAGUUAAACUGUUUUGUAGAUAAAGAAAAUUGCCACUUUGGUGACUUUCAAGGUAUCAUUCUAAGAAACGGAUUUCAUUGAAAGCAAUAAUAUACCAAAAUUGGUAGGUUUUACCUUAAAGGCAUAAGAAAUGAUAUGGUUACCAACAUCUCUUAACUGAAAAUUGAUGAGUUUUUAGUAAUUCCUUGAUUGCUAGUUGAAAAUAAUUUGCUCUGUGUUGUUUUCUGUUAAUGUCGGUACUGAAGUCAGUUAUUGAUAUCCAAAAAUGUAAAUUAUUAGUAAUUUUGUAGUUUUGGAUGUGAGCGGUAAUGUAUCUAGUUACAGGUACAUGUACUAUUGUCUCUUCUAAUGAAGAGGGAUUCAGUCAGAAUGCAGUCUCCCCUCAUGUACAUAUGGUUUGGGAGAGGGAAGAAUUAUUGUUCAAUUUACCAUAACUUUUAUUUUCUUUUUAUUAUUUGUAAAUAAGUAGAGAAUAAUCACCCACUUACUGUGUUUGCUGUGUCAUUGCUCUUUCACAUAUUUGCCCCACUUAAUGUAUGAGGAGAAAAUAAAAUUUCAGUUUUGGACUAUGUAAUUA